GCAAUCGCUGAUUGGCUGGCGGUUCUCUGCACGCGGGCGACAGACUCAUCCAGAUGCCAGCGCUGAUGCGGAUGGCUUGAAAGUAGUCAAAACAACCCCGAGGAGCCUUAGAUGCACGUUUUGCUGGCGUCAGAAGGAUGGAGAGGCGGAAAAACAACUUGAAGUGCUCUAGGACAAGGUAGAGGGAACCAGUCGAAUAAUUAGGAGCAGAUGAAUUAAUGGGGUGUGAUAAAUGAGACAGACAGAUCACGAAGAGCUGCUGGCAACCAAAGCAGAAAAUGUGAGCCUAGAGAGGACAGCGCUAUGACUUGGUAUAUAGUCCUCUACUUACCACCAGGACGAGGACACAAAUUCCCAUUGCCAAGUUGUUAAGGGAGCCACAUCCGGGUUUUAUGAUCUUUUCUGCCACAGUGGCAAAUCACUGCUCUUAAGCAAAUUGUGCAUUCGUUGAGCGAAUCCAGCUUUCCCUCUUUGACUUUGUCUGUCUGAAGCCAGUUGGGAAGGCGGCAGUUGGGGAUCACACGAUCCCAGGAUGCUACAAAGAUCACAAAUACAUGCCUAUUGCUGAGUGCCUGGAUUUUGAUCACCUGACUGGGGAUGCUGCAACAGUGGGUUGCUGCUUUUCAGCACAGUAAGGCUUUGGCUAUGACCACACCACCUUUGCCUCCCAUCAGUCUGGACAGCCUCGUGGAAAACAGUACUUGGGUGGUCUUUCUUGGACACUCUCUCUGCUUCUCUGUUCGAGGAUAUCAUCAUGGGAAGUGUCAGUAGCCUCAUCUCCGGACACAGCUUCCACAGUAAACAUUGUCGGGCCUCUCAGUGCAAGCUGCGUAAGUCAUCCCAACUGAAGAAGCUGAACAGGUACUCCGAUGGUCUGCUGAAGUUCAGCUUCUCCCAAGAAGCUGGCCACAACAAGUCCAGCUCCAAGGGCAAUAAGAACGAGGACUUCUUUUACAUCAAGGUGAACCAGAAGGCACACCGAACGGACUAUGCUCCACUCUCAGGUGGCGAGCUGGAAGGUCAGGCUGGGACCAGCAGCGUGGAUUAUGGUACCCCAACACCCCCCAAAGUGAAGCCAGGCUCCAACCAAUUGGAACUAGCUACAGAGAAGACUGUGGCAAGGCCCACUGCUUUUAAACCAGUUCUCCCUCGCUCCAACACGGUUCUCCAUUCUUCUCCUGAUCACGGCAAUGCUGCUCAGCAGCUCCCAUCUCAAGACAAAGCCAAGGAUCUGGAGAGUAAGCCUGCUCUUUGUUCUGGAGGGCUUUCAGAUUCAGGGAGAAACUCUAUGUCCAGCCUACCCACGCACAGUACAGCCAGCAGCUACCAGCUGGACCCCUUGAUCACUCCCGUUGGCCCCAUCAGCCGAUUUGGAGGCUCUGCUCACAACAUCACUCAGUGUGCCAUCCUGCAGGAGAGUAACAUGAUGAGCUUGAAAGCUCUGUCUUUCUCCGAUGGGGGCACCAAGAUCCUCAACCCGGGCAAGUCUUCCACUCAUCCUCACAUGACUGAGAACAGCGUUUGUGUUCGCUCACCCAUCUCUACAGAGGAGUCCGCCAUUAAAGAGCUGGAGCAGAAGCUGAUGGAGCGGGAGGGUGAGCUGCAGGAGCUCCAGUGCAGCUUUGAAGAGAAGGAGAUCAUCUCCUGCCAAAACUAUGAGGAGAAGCAACGGCGCUGCCGGGAGGAAAUGGAAGGGUUGAAGCAGAAAUGCAAUAACAGACUGAAGCAGACCUCGCAGAAGAACCAGCGGGCGCAACAGCUCUUGCAGCUGCAGGUGUUCCAGCUGCAGCAGGAGAAGAAGCAGCUGCGGGAGGAGCUGUCCAACCUGAUGAAGGAGCAGGACCUUCUGGAGAACAAGCUGAGGACCUAUGAGAAAGAGAAAACCACCUUUGCUCCUGCUCUGGAGGAAACACAGUGGGAGGUUUGUCAGAAAUCUGGUGAGAUAUCUCUCCUGAAACAGCAACUGAAAGAAUCCCAGGCAGAGGUCAACAGCAAGACCAACGAAGUCCUCAAUCUGAAGGCUCAGCUGAAGGAUGUCCGGGCCAAGAUGGAACUGAUGGAGAUGAAAAUCCAGGAUUUGGAAGAUUCGUUGCAUGCCAAACCCAUGGAACUAGAAGUAUGUGAGAAUGAACUCCAGCGGAAGAAGAAUGAGUCAGAGCUACUAAGGGAGAAAGUGAACUUGCUGGAGCAGGAGAUUGCAGAGUUGAGGACUGAACUGACCAUCCUCAGGGAGGAGAUGAAAUGUGGUGUGGCUUCCAUGGGUCUUGAGGAAAGCAUGGCGGAGGAUGCCCAAGUCCUGUGGAGGGAAAUAGAGAAGCUAAAAAAAGAACUGCAGGAGGAACAGGACAGCAACAAGCAGAUCACGGUCAGCUUUCAGCAGGAACGGCAGACCUGGAAAGAAGAGAAAGAGAAAGUGAUCCAGUACCAGAAGCAGCUGCAGCAAAGCUACCUUCACAUGUACAAAAGAAACCAAAACCUGGAGCAGAUGCUUCAGCAGCUGGCGGCUGGGGAGGAUGGUAAAGACCCCUUAGAUCUUGAUCUCCAUGGAACCGAUGUCCCUUAUGAGGACAUUAUUGCCACUGAAAUCUGAAUCUGAAAGGCGCCUGUGUUUUCCUGCCCACUGGAGAAAGAUCUCACUUGGGGUUGUAUGUAUAAUUUCACAGAGCACUUUUAAUGGAGGUCUUUUGUCUUGGUCAAAACAAGUCACCAGCCAUUGUCCAUGCAUUCCCCCCCAAAAAAACUUCUUGAUUCAGAUGUAUCUGACUGCUCUUGCAGGGCCUCCCAUUGAGAAAAGGGAAGGGGAAAAUUCCCAACUGACUUUUUCCGUCAUGGAGCAGCUCUUACAAGAACCUCUGAGCCAUAAGUAAUAUGAGAUAAGACCUGCUUGUACUCUUAAGACCUUCUCAAUUCCCCUGUGAGAGGACUCCGGGGUGGGGGGAAGCACACCCAUUAAACUUUUAAUUAAGGAAGAGGGACUUGCACAUCCAGCAAGUGUUGGUCAAGGAUAACCAGUCAUUCCAUCUUUGCAGAACAUGGUGCAUUCUACUGGAAUAUUUAAGCAGCCUAUGGAACAGAUAGUAGCAUUGUUCCAUAAUUCUUGUCUGUGAAGGACCUGCCUCCUUCAGAAACGAGGGGCUAAUAUUUUAGAAUUCCGGAAGCCAUAAUUUGUCACGUCAGCCACUGGAUCUUCCUCAUCCUUUACUCUUCUUUUAGCAUUUGCCUCCUUCGUGAACAGGCUGAAGUUUGGGAGAGGCACGUUUUUAUUUAUUGUGUGAGUGCAUGUGUCUAUAAUUGAGAUGGACAUUGGAUUUUAAAAUGCCCUUGUGUUCUUGAAGAGGAAUGUUCAGAGCUGUUUAUUUAAAAUGUGAAUAUUUGUAUGUGCUGUAUGCAUUAUUCUUUCGCAAAUACCUGGCAUUUAUUUUUCCACAUUUCCUAUUCUGGCCUGGAGAAAAGGCACAUUGGAUCUUCUGAGCCCAGUUCGUCUAUAGAUAUGACUGGAAAUAUAGGUUUGCCUAAAAGAGAUGCUGGCUUCCAUUCCAUGUUUUAAAAAUUAAAAUCUUUAGAGAAGUAAAGGAGGUCAAGCAAAGAGCUUGGAGGGAACCGAGGAAUAUACUAUAUUGACAGGCAUGUAACAUUAUUUACUUAAAACAUACAUCUUGCAAAAAAAAAAAUCAACACCAGUUCAAAGCAGCCAACAACAACAGUAAAACCAUUAAUAAACAAUUUUUACAUAUCAAUUCCUACUAUAUUAAGGAAUUAAGAGAACCGUAGGGAAAUGAUUAAAAGAAGAAGCAUCAAUAAACAUUGCUAUAAUAACAGUAAACAAUAAUACAUGAAUAGACUGCCUUACUAAAAAAAAAAGGUUUCUUUCUUACUUCCAGAAGUUUUAAAGGAGGGACAAGGAACAAGGUCCUGUUCCCUAUCAAUUUUGAGACUGCCACCAUACAUGGUAAACCAUAAUAAACAAGUAUUUAUUUGAUUCUGUCUUCAGUAUUUUUGGAUACAUAAACUUCCUCCUUCGCUUCCAGCACCAAAACAAAAUAGCCAUGAAGAGAAUAUUGAUAAAUAAGUGUUCUUGAGACCUGAUUUCUGUUUAGGUAGCUUUGAGUUUCUCCUUCCCACCAAGAGGGAAUGUUCCUUGUAGAGUUAAGAAAGGUCUUCACGGAAUUUGGUCUGAAAGAGAUUGAAAACAUGGCUGCCAUCCUAUCCCUUGCCAAUGACAGCUUAAGAAAGCAGAACAGAAAAGCACUCAUGUCAAAGCAGCCACUAAAGGGCAACCAAAUUAUUUUGUCACUUGAGUCACAAAAAGAACCUUGUUAGUAUUACAAUAAUAAUACAAAGCAACCCAGACUGUAACCAUUUUAGAUGCCUAGUGUGACAUCAGAAAUGGAGCGCCACAAUACCACGUCAUGCUGUUCCACAACCGCAUUCCUCGUGACUUUUAGAGCAACCUGCCGUGAAACAUCACGUACAAUAAAAUGCCGUAUCAAAAAUAGACAUGCAAAAAGGGGAAAGAAAAAUCUGCCUUCAACCAGAGAAAUUUAAAUAAAGUUUAGAAGCUUUUUGAACUUGAAUAGCAAUAGCCUUUUACUGCCACCUGAAAGGAUGUAUAUUUGAGUCCUUUGAUUCAGAAAAAUUAUGUAUUUCAAAGCCAUAUUUCAAAGACUAUAAUUCAUUGGCAGAACAGAUGCUUUUCAUGCAGAAGAGUCUCAAGCUUCGAAUUCAGUCCCUGGUAUCUUACGGUAGGACUUGCAGACCUCUCUUUGAAAUGCAGUCCUUGAAAGAAGUACUGAGUUUUGUGGGGCACUGGUUUAGCUUGGUGAAUCUAACUUGCUAUGUCUGUAUAGUGAGGAAACCCAAAAAGCGUCCUUUUGUAGUGAUUUCAAAACAUUGGUUCGGUAUCUAAUUCUUUUCUACUGUUCCUAUGAAAUAGCAGAACUUUAUAUGACGCAAGCAGCAGCACCCAAGUCCUAUCCAUCUUCAGAAGAUUCUCACAUUCUCAAAAUCUUGCCUUAACUAAUGUUGUAUUGGAUGAACAAGGCCUAAAGCAUUUGCCCUCAAUACCAUUUGGACUUUAAGAUGCUCUAACUGCCAUGUGAGAAUUCCAGGAUAUAAAAUAAACUUUGAGCCACUGUGUUCAACUAACGUGACAUCAUCUUGAGGCUAAAUCCAGGGGAUGCAAACUUGUCCACUACAUUUUCUCUGCUACAUAUUUGCACUGAGUAAUAACUUUCCUGAAGAGAUUUAAUAUUCUUCAUUUAAAGAUUGUUGGGGAGGGAGAUAGUUUAGUCUGCUCUAAACUGGAUUUGUUUAAGUCUAGAAAAAUUAACUUCCAAAUGUCAGAAUGUAUGACUUUCUUCCAUUCAAAGAGAAUACUUCUUCUUCGUCUUCUUCUCCUCCUCCUCCUCCUCCUCCUCCUUUUUUGCAAACCUAUUUGCAACCAGCAGAGUGGCUAAGAAUCCUGUUUCUCUAUGUAACUACAAACAGCAAAGCACUCUUGUGUCGCUGCAUAUCAAGUCUACUAGCAUUUGUCACCCCCUGCCUUCCAAUCAGCUAAUUGGGUUGGUGCACAUAUGCUUCUGAUUAGCAAAAUUUGCAUUGUUAAUUGCAGUUAAACACCAGCCCGUUCCCUAGUGAAACAACCUAUGGGGGCUAGGGAGUUAAUUAUCUCUGAAUGGGAGGGACUCUGGAUGGCAGUGGUUAUUUUCCUGCUGAGCUGAUGAAAGUUCCUCUCCUCCGUUCUGUUUGUUCUUCCACUCAUUUUGCAUUUGGGGCAGGAUCCCAGCUGUUGGCAGGCACAAUUAAACGGAGUUGUUGUGUUUUCCAAGGGGUGAAAGGUUUUUUCCCCUCCUGUGGUGAAUUGUUUGGGGGCAGUGAAGACAAAUUGGAUAUCACUUUUAAUUGUAAAACGGAUACCCUGGUGCCCUGCCCACCAUUAACUGUCUGAUUUUGUCAGUCAACAUAUAUACAAGCCCUUAGCGCAGAUCCACAUUUUAGAAAAUCUUCAUGUAGCCAAUAAAGUUUACUCCCUUGUCUCUGUCUUCCAAUUCUGUCAACAAGCACAAGUCUUUACUUCUCCAGAACCCCAGUCAAACCCCAAGAAAUCUCCGCCAACCUGGUAUCGAGAUUCAUUGGAAUCUUCUGUUUGGGGAUCAUAUUGCCUCUUAAUCUUCCAUUAAGUUGUAAGGCAGGUUAUCCAUCUUUAUUAAGGAAGGGAGUGGGUUAUUAAGUGUGUUUGGCAAGAAAAAGGAGUGGUAUGGACUACAGCUAUCUAACAUUUCUAUGGUGGAUUUUCCUUCUUGUGCAGAAUUACUUAUCUCUAAACAAGACAGACCUUAAUAUGUCAGUUUGGAUGACCCAAUAAAUAGUAUAUAUUUGCCUGUCCCAUUUUAUCCUAGCCUGGUAGGUAGACCUAGGCAGUGUCAUUAUUCACUAUAGUAGAUUGUGUAUAUUCAGUAAAUUGGGACAAUGGCUUAUUUUUGGAUUGCCCUUGGGAAGCAUUUUAGAGCAGUGUACAAGUUCCACCCAACUCCCUUAAAACAAUUUCAAUCUAACACUGCUAUCAAUACACCUAAAAGACAGUAAACAAAGCAAAACUUGAAACAAGAUUCAUAUUUUCAAAACUGAACAGACUGAGACCUAUAAUUGAGCAAUUGAGACCUAUAAUUCCUUAGGCAUGUCUUCAGUUCUCAUUAGAGAAGAUGGGACUAGCCAUACGUCUUCAGGACUGAGGUCUAUCAGAAGAUGCCCACCUCUGGCUAUCCCUUUACAAACCAAUGUUAUAAGCAGAACUUCUUCAGCUGGUCUUACUGCAUGAUAUGGAGGAGUACUUGAGGUCCAAGACAAUAAACCAUGGAUAACCAUAGACAAACAUGUUAGACAAAUAUAACUGAUAAGCCUUAGAGCAGGGGUCUUCAAACUUGGCCCUUUUAUGACUUGUGGAGUUCAACUCCCAGAAUUCCUCAGCCAGCGUUGCUGGAGCAGGAGACCAUAUGAAUUCGCCUUCAAACAUGAAUCUGCAUUAUUGAUUUCUGGCAGUGGAAUAACUUCCAUGUUGCAGUCUCUUCGUGAUAUUUUUGUUGUUGUUUUAUUUUGGAAUCCAUGUUCCAUACCAGCACUUCUCCUAUGAACUACAGUUUCUCUCUUUCUCUAACCUUAUCCAUCUAUUGUCUUUCUCAGUCUCAAAAUAAGCUCCCUUCUUCUUAUAUUUAUCCAUCUAAUCAAUUCAUUGGCCAAGCUCAUAAUCUUGCGAAACCAUAAUUUAUUUUAAACAUGCUUUGUUGACUGUCGCAAGAGCUGGGUCAUAUAACACACUAAGAUACUUGGGACUUCUGCAAUACCAAUCACAGCGGCUGGAUUCAUACAACCUAUUCGCAAAAAAUGGACAAGCUAUACUGUGGCUUGCUGUGGUCUAGUUCAUCUAAUUUAGUCAGACUGCUCUGUUUUCAACAUGGAAGAUGUCAGGAAUUGGAUCCGACGUUUGUUGGUGAAGCUUAUGCUCUAUCUCGGGCUGGGGGAGUGAUUCUAAGUGGUUCUCCCAAAUCUGAGUGUAUCUACCUCCCCUUCAUCUUCUUCUAUUUUACUGUGCCUAGUUGCUUGUUUCUCUCUUUGGAUCUGACCUAUAUGAUCUAGACAGAAGCAACAAGAUGUGCAGAGAUAAUUUGCUUGGAUGCGGCAAGUGGGCAAUUCUGACCAAUAGGAUGUCCAGAAAGCUCCAAAAUUGGUCAUGGAUCUCCCAUAGAUGAUGGACUUCACGGGUGUCCAAUGACAUCUCCAUCUGCCCCUAGUUCUGCUUCCUUGCAUGGGAGUUACAGGCUACUAAAAGGCAGAUAAUUCACCAUAAUGGCUGUCAAGGAAGCCACUCAGCUUUCCAUGACUUUGUGCCAAUCCUCUGAAGCAUUAGGGGGCCCAUUUCAUGAGCCAUGUGGCCCCCUCCCCAUUUAAUGUGACAAUGACUGCUGCCUCUGCACAAAUAUUGUGUUUGAUCCGUGAGAGUCUGUAUUGCCAGCAUGUCGCUUGCCUUGUCCCACUGUGUGUGGGAAAAGUCACCAUUUGGGCUAUACACAUUACUGUUCUUCCCAUCCCACUGUCUUUUCUUCAAUAUAGCUCUUGCCGGUUUUUCAUAUAUUAAAGUGUAAUUUCUGGUGAGCAAUGUAA